AUGGAAACAGGAAAACAGCUGGCACUGUCCAAACUGUUUUUCCCUUUUCCUCCGCAGGGUGCGUCGUCCAGCCUGGUGGUAAAGUUUGCCGAUUCAGAGAAGGAGAGAGGGCUCCGGCGGAUGCAGCAGGUGGCCUCUCAGCUGGGAGUCAUCAGCCCCAUGACCCUGCAUCUCGGGGCCUACAACGCCUACACACAGGCCUUGAUGCAGCAGCAGGCCCUGGUGGCUCAGUCGGCCUACCUCUCUCCUGUUGCCACGGUGGCGGCGGUUCAGAUGCAGCAACUCGCUGCCCUCAACCCCAGCAGCAUCAUUGCCACGCCGAUCGCAUCCAUCACCCCCUCCUCAGGUACCAGCACUCCACCCUCCAUGGCAGGCACACCUGUUCCUGCUCUGCCUCCACCAAUCGCACUGAACAGCUACGCCUCUGUGCCAGCUCCACCCAAUGGCCAAUCAGCAACUGAAGCCCUGUACACCAACGGGGUUCAUGCCUAUCAAGCUCAAAGUCCUGUCCUGGACCCCAUGCAGCAAGCUUAUACAGGCAUGCAGCACUAUACAGCCACCUACCCUGCUGCCUACAGCCUUGUGGGACAGCCGUUCCCCCACCAGCCCACACUGGUGGCUCAACAGCCGCAGCAGCCGCAGCAGCUGCAGCAACGAGAAGGUCCCGAGGGCUGUAACAUCUUCAUCUACCACCUGCCACAAGAGUUCACCGACUCUGAGAUACUGCAGAUGUUCCUACCCUUCGGAAACGUCAUCUCUGCAAAGGUCUUUGUUGACCGCGCCACCAACCAGAGUAAAUGUUUUGGUUUUGUGAGUUUUGACAACCCAUCCAGCGCCCAGACUGCCAUCCAGGCCAUGAACGGCUUCCAGAUUGGCAUGAAGAGACUGAAGGUGCAGCUGAAGAGGCCCAAGGAUGCCAACAGGCCUUACUGAAGGAGGAAAGCCUAAGAGUUCAAUCAAGAAAACCACUUGGGAUGUCCCAGCCUUUUUUGGUUGUUUGACCAACCGUAUAGCACAGGAGCAACACUUCACAAAAAGCAGUAUCACGUGACAUGCGCUUACAACAAACAACAGCAGUAAUAUUAGCAACAAAAUACAUCUACAGAAUCCGCAUCCGCAAUAUCAGAAGUGCUCCAGAUUUCCUAUCAUUCCACAGCUGGAUUCAUUUAUAUUAUGUACAUACUCUAUUGUCGGCAACAAGAUCUACAUGUUAAGAAAAAGCAUAUCACUGAUGUUAUUCUUCUGAACAGGGUUCUACUGUAUAGUGUGAUUUGUGGUCUAUGGCGUUAACAGAAGGCCAGUCUACACAGUCGGAGGCAAAAGAAAAUACUAUUGUGUAUGAUUACCAUUGGUAUUGUUAUGUAGAGUUAGUUUUAUUAUUUAUACGUAAAUUAAAAACAUGGGGUAAUUAAAUUUGAAGAGAUUUGGAUUUCCACUCACUGUACAUACGUUGGUUUAAACAUGGAGUUUAAGGACUUCACGAGUUAAGAUUCUCUGCUGCCACUACUUUUCAAAUUAACAAAGCGGAAGGAAUGGCUGGGAAUUUUUCUAUCUUGAUUUUUUACGUUUAAUUUAUUUGGUAAUCAAUUUGAUGGGGGGGGGGGGGGGAGAUGUGACAAUGUCUUUUUUAAUUUAAAAAAGAAGAAAGAAAAAGGAUUCCUGUGGUCUUCAAGACAAUGAACACACUUAUAGAGUUUUUAAUUACAUAAAUGUACCUAUGGAAGUAAACAAAAAAACAUAAUGUUUCUUUAUUUAUUCUCUACAAUCGCUGUUUUAAAACAUAUGUCUUUAAAAGAAAAUAAAGUACAAUUUAGAAAAA